GAGUGUCCAGUGCGAAUGGGUCCAGCGCCGCUCAGACGCUGCUCCAGUUUGCCCAAGCCUGCAUGGCACUCUCUCUGGAACCUGUCUGUGGUGUAGCAAGAGUCUCUCAACCAUGUCUGUUACUACAACAAGCCCUUGCCACAACACUGAGAGGAGAGAGGCAUGAUGGGUCAGCUUCCAGAGGAGGUUUUGGAAGGCUUUGGAGCCGAGGAACUGGAGUGCAAGAUCUGCUACUGCCCUUACACUCUGUCUGGACGACGGCCUAAAGUGCUUGAGUGCUGCCAUCGCUUGUGUGCCAAAUGUUUGACCAAGAUCCUUGAUCUGGGAGACUCACCCCCGAAUGGGGUGGUCUGUCCUUUCUGUCGCUAUGUUACUGGACUCCCUGGAGAGGCUGUGGCAAGUCUGCCGGACGAUUGCAACCUUGUGACGGCAUUAACCAUCCGUACCCGCUUUUAUUCCAGCCUUCGGGAGAACCACCAGGGCGAGAUCUUGUUGAGCCCCAGAUGCUUGAACACUCUAGUGGGCCACUCGGCAUCAGCCUCACCUUCGUCCAUACGCUCCAACUAUGUGGUCAUCACCAUCAUGGAGCCUCCACAGGAGCCGGUGGUGGGUACCAACGGGGCUGGAAGGAAUCAUCACUCAUCCAGUCUGGACUCCAUGGCCUCGGUUACCCGGCGCUGGACAGUGUGGAACUGCGCAGCCCUGCUUUGUCAGACCUCAGCCCGAGCCCUGCUGUGGCUCCUUGGGCUUCUCUACUUCAGCUCCCUACCACUAGGCGUUUACCUGCUCAUCAUGCAGAAGACCACGCCGGGCGUGCUGCUGGUCAGCCUGGUGCCCGUCAGUCUGCUCGUGAUCAUGGGGUACGGGCUUUGCCAGUGCAUGUGCCAUGAGUUCUGGAACUGUGUCCUGCCAUGACUACCAAUGGGAGGUGGACUAUUUGCCCAAACUUGUUAUCUAAACUGGUGACCUCACCACAGGAAUUCUGGAUGCAUCAGUGGUGCGACAGGUUUGUGGAAAUCUAUGGACUCAAUUUUGGUAUUUUCUGUUUUAUUUAAGGAAAGAGAAGUGUGUUAAUUAAUGACUGAGAUUAAAAGUUAAGUUUGUCAUGUUUUUUUAGCAUUAAAUUCCAAAUCGCAAUUGUGAUUAUGCCUUGGAUGGGAUGAACUAAUGGACCCUUGAUGUAACAUGGCUAAUGGUGUAUCGGGUUAAUGCCUUGAUUCAUCAAAAACCUGAGAAUCUGAGAACUGGUCAGAAUGCUCAUGACACAUGAUCAGCAUUGGAAAGACCAAUAUCACAAUAACUAUAAAACAUUAAAUAUCAUUUAUCCUAAGCUGCUAAAGAGCAUAAUUACAACAGAGCUCCCAACAAUUAAGGUGUUCUCUUGCUAAUAUUUUGUAUAGGAAAAGUUUCCCAGAAAGGGAUUAAGCUGAUCUUGGACUUUGUCAGGAAACUUUUUGAAAAUAUUUUUACUUAGUUUUGUAAUCCACCAAAUAUAUUCAAUUACAAGAGUGUCUGUGUAUUGUUUUUUUCCUGUGUUUCUUUUAUUUCCCAGACAAUUAAUUAAUGACAAUGUAAAUAAUAUAGAUAUGUGCACUGGAAAAAUCUGUGUGAGUCAUUGUUUCAAUGAGGGAGAGAUGUUGUAUGUUGGCCACAUAUGAGUAUGCUAAUAAAGUAUUUAGCCUACCUUAGCAGGCCUUUAACCUGAAACCUAUUGGCAUCAAUUUGUAAAAUGAAUGAUUCUUUAAAUAAAAUAAAAAUAGGUAUUUAUUGUAUAUUUAUAUGGGACUUGACUAUGAGUUGGUAUACUCUUGGUUCAUUUCUGGUUUGCAAACUGUUUGGAAAAUGUUCCCAUCUGUUCAAAUAAUUUUACAUUCAAAUUUCUAGUUUCUAUAAACAUUCAGUUAUUUUAUUUCUUUACUUAUUUUUAAGUUAAAGCAGCAGUACUUAAGAUUUAUUUAAAACAGUUGUUCUCCUUGGUUGGGAGUACAACUCAUUGCAAGCCAAAUAUAUUAUAUAUAGAUUUUUUUCUGGUUACUUGAGCAAACAUGGUGAUGGUAUUGUUGCUGAUACAAACUCAGUCUGUUCAUUCUCACACUGGUUAAUCAAUGAAACACAGAAUUAGAGCUGAAAAGAGCUGGCAAGAAAAACGAGACCAGAUUCAUCCGCUCUAACAGGAAA